AUGAUGUGUGAAAGUCGUGGCAGCAAAGCGGCGAGGAUGGCACAGGCUCAAGAAGCUGUGGCGAGAGUGAAGGUGGUGGCUCCUGAAGGAGAGAUACAGCCCAGUACUGAGAUUGAUUUGUUUAUUUCGACUGAGAAGAUUAUGGUGCUCAACACUGAUCUCCAGAGAAUCUCGGAUACUGAUGUUCGGCAGGUGGGUGUUUUGAUCAACAGUGUACAAGAAACAACCACUACAACUGAAGCCACAGCCGGUACUACCCGACUGAAGCGUGAUCGGACCAUAUGGCCUCGGGAGAAGGAUACCGCUCCGCUUUCGUUCACAGGACACAAUUUCGCGGAAUUUCCUAUCUCCGAUACAAUGUACCUGGAGACGAACAUCACUAUCGAGUUCAGGUGA